AAUCAAACGAGACUGCAUUUUGAAUGCUUAGCUUGGUUAGGCUAACCUAUCGUACAAUUUCUUUACUCGCAUGAGAAAGCAACAUCAGGUGAUUUACUGAGAGUGAAGGAACUUGAUGAUAGACAUGAGAUUGUGUACGUCUUUUCAACCGAUUAUCACAAAACGCUCAACACACUUGUCAUAAGUGGCCACUACGUGCUGAUACUGGAAGCAAUCUCUAUAAAAAUGUUGAUGGGCGAGCAGUUUACCUCUACAGGAAAAUGCCAGUUUUACAUGUCAAAGGGAAAAUUUAUGCCGAAUGUCUUUGCAGUGGGAGUCCAAAAGAAGGGUCCUUUGCUCCGGCCCCUAAAUAAAAGAAUUUCAUCUCUUACGCAAAGUGGGAUUUAUCAGCAUUGGCUGAACAAUGAGCUUCGUAAUGCCACGACGUGCCUGACUGCCCCGCCAAAAAUCAUCGUUCAAAGUGCACUCUCUAUCAGAAACAUAUGGGGAAUCUUCAUGAUACUUGUUAUAGGAGAAGGCAUAGGCGUGGGGAUUCUUCUUCUCGAACUCAUGGUGAAGAAAUGGACGAAAACGUUCUAAAAACAUUAUCUACACCUUUCGAGAAAAUCUAGACCAUACUAAGGUUGAUGUUUUUAUUCAAGGAAUUUGAAUCAUCCGAGCGACGAGGAAAGAAUGUAAUAAUCGCUGUGCUAAGCAUCAUAUGCAUCGUCUGUUUCAAUCAAGUGGGUCCUCAAUACAGAGGCUUCGGUCACUCGAAAGGAACGAGUCUCCUUACUAAAUCUUAACUUAAUAUUACCUUUAUCAAACUAUGUUAUGUUUACACAUAGGUGAGAUUAAGAGAUCGAUCAAAAUUAGAUACGAAUUUUAAAGUACAUUUUAAGUUUCUGUAACAUUUUCGUAAGGACCAGAAAUUUUGAUGCUUAUCUAUCGUUUUCCUUCCAGAUUUGUAGUUAAAACUGGGAUUUGCUAUAGCUCAUUAAAUGUAAGUUUCCGUAAAUUAACGUAGAAAUGUUUUUCUAUAACCAAGCAUAUAGAUUGUUUUAGUGCAUUCACCAUUUUAAAUAUAAUUUGAUGAAUAGAUGAAAAAGUAAAAGGUAUAAAAGU